CUCUGUCGCUCUCUGUCGUUGUUAACGUUGGGGUUUGCGAACCAGAUGUCCAGUUUCUGCGUGCAGAUUGCCAGGCUCUACCUCCAGAGUUUCUGAUUCAAGUUUCGGGCUGCAGAAAGUGGUUUCUAACAGGUCCCCAAGUGGUCUCGAGAGAGAACCACUAUAAGAGGCUGCCUGGAGCUCCGAUAUUACUGAAAAAGAUCCAAGCCGAGAUGUACCCUGACCACUCCGGGAAUAUAAGAUUAAGCUGCCAGUUUGCAGAAAUUCAUGAAGAUUCUACAAUCUGGUGGACAAAAGAUUCAAAGUCAAUAGCCCAAGUGCAGAGAAGUGCAGGCAACAGCUCUACUGUGUCCUUGGCCAUCAUGCAAGCUGGUCAGAAGGACCAGGGCAUCUACUAUUGCAGCAUCAAGAACAGUUAUGGAAAAGUGACCACUGAGUUUAACCUCACGGCCGAAGUUCUGAAACAACUCUCAAGUCACCAGGAUAUGAAAGGAUGUGAGGAGAUUGAAUUCAGCCAGCUCAUCUUCAGGGAAGACUUCCUCAGUGACAGCUACUUUGGGGACCACCUGCGCGGUCAGAUUGCCACGGAGGAGUUGCACUUCGGCGAAGGCGUCCACCGGAAGGCCUUCCGCAGCAAAGUGAUGCGGGGGCUCAUGCCCGUCUUCCAGCCCGGCCACGCCUGCGUGCUCAAGGUGCACAGCGCCGUUGCCCACGGGACCAGAAACAACGAUGAGCUCAUCCAGAGGAACUACAAACUCGCUGCCCAGGAAUGCUAUGUCCAGAAUACUGCCCGACAGUAUGCCCAGAUCUAUGCUGCCGAAGCACAGCCUCUGGAAGGCUUUGGAGAAGUGCCGGAGAUAAUUCCCAUCUUUCUUAUCCAUCGCCCUGCGAACAACAUCCCUUAUGCAACAGUGGAGGAGGAGCUGAUUGGAGAAUUUGUGAAGUAUUCCAUCAGGGAUGGGAAGGAGAUAAACUUCUUGAGAAGAGAAUCGGAGGCUGGUCAGAAGUGUUGUACUUUCCAGCACUGGGUAUACCAGAAGACAAGUGGCUGCCUCCUGGUCACGGACAUGCAGGGUGUAGGAAUGAAGUUAACUGACGUUGGCAUAGCAACACUGGCUAAAGGGUACAAAGGAUUUAAAGGCAACUGCUCCAUGACCUUCAUCGACCAGUUCGAAGCGCUACACCAGUGUAACAAGUAUUGUAAAAUGCUGGGGCUGAGAUCACUCCAAAACAUCAGCCAGAGACAGAAGGAGCCACGUGUCAGUAAAAACAAAACUCAGCCCAACUCCACAACCGUCAAGAUGGCGCCCGGGCCCCCCGCGGCAGGAAGGAAGACCUCGCGUCCCCUGUGAACUGAUGGCCGCCAGCCGGCAGCACCCAGCCUUGUGGGCGGAAAUCUGGGGACACUCAAGAGAGAACGUGUAGCCUGCGUCACGCACAGCGGUGUGACCGUCCUAUUCCCCGCUGCCCCGGCGCCACCCUGCUUCCAAACCCAUCACCUGCUGGCCUCCCUGAAACGACUUCGGGGCAGGAUUUGUGACCAGACGUGGGGAGAGACGGAAUCAGCUGUCACUCCCAGAAGACAGUCCAUCUUUGUGCCCACCGUUAGCAUGUUUACCGACUUCACGUUCUUUGUCUACUUGUGUGUUUGCACGUGGUUGUGUUGUCAAGGACUUGGUGCUGAGCAGGGUCUGUCCACAGCCCAAACCCUCCCGGCCCCCCCUUCCUAACCUGGGGAUUUCUAGACGCACCCAGCUGCUGUCUACACGGAAAACGUGAAUUCCUCCAUUGGGUCAAGUCGUCAGGCUAGUGUGGAAUGUUCUAUUGUUGCCAGAGGUGGUUUCUAACACUCAAGGCCAUUUCCUUCAUUCUUUACACACCCGGCUAGAAUUCUGUGCUUAAUUAAAUUCAUAUUUAAACAAA